AUGGACGCCACGCAAACGGCGGCUGCAGCAGCGACGGAAGGCCGCGCUGAUCCUGUCUCAUGGCCAGGUUCAGGCUAUCCCACAUGGUCUUCCAUCCGCUCGAAUAUCACCCGUCCUGAUACUUUUCACGACCAGCAGUCACUGACCUUGGGGCAGCAUUUACCGGCCUUAUCACUGCCGCUGAAGCGCCACAUCUACGAAACCGACGUGUUCGCAGGAACCAUGGCCCCCAAAGCGGAGAAGAACGGAGGAUCAUCCCAGCGGGUCUGCUACAGAUUCUGCGCCGACAGUUGCCGGAGCAGUCCCCCAGUCAACGGCAUGGCGUCCAGCACAGACGCCGCCAUCCGCCAUGCACGAAAUCCAGACCCCAAGCCUUACCAGCCCGUCGGCCGCACCAUGGUAUGCGAUGGCGCCCUCUGGUAUAACAUACUUGUCAGUGUUUGGGAAAUCAUCUGCAUUUCUGAUGAGGCCAACUAUAAGCCUUACUACAAUAGUCGAUGUGAGCGCCUUUGA